AUGAUUGGCACUGAGGAUAUGUCCACAUCGACUGGCAUGGAUAUAAGUGAAUCCUUUCGUACCGAGGAUCUCUCAAAAACGGAUUUCUUCGAUUUCGUCACAGCUCCGGACAUGGGCAUUGGCAUCGGUGUUGGGGUGGAUGUGGGGGUGGGCGUUAGCCUGCAGCAGCAGCACCAUCAGCAGCAGCACACACAACAGCACAAUAGUCACAACCAUAGCCAAGGUCAUCAGCCAACGACAUCACAAACGCCCCAGCAGGCCAUCUGCGGCGGCGGCGCAAGAACCGCAAGCAGCAUGACACACGACGGCGGCGAGGGCGCCGGCGGCGGCAUUCCAGUGAGCAAUCGUAAUGGCAGCACCAGCAAUGGCGGCGAUCCCACGUUACAGGGCUAUGAGUUCUGGCAUCAGGACAAGGAUAACAGCCGCCUUGACUCCAGCUCUAUCUUCGAAGACCUCGAUCGAUACUGCUGGCAGCAGCAGCCGAUCACAGCCAGCGCUACGACCACCGUUAACGCCAGCAAUGUGCGAUGUACUAACCAGCCAAGUCCCACAUCUCCGCAAUCGCAUCCACAUCCACAUUCACAUCCACAUCAGCAGCAGCAGCAGCAACAGCAACAGCAACAGCAACAGCAACAGCAACAGCAACAACAACAACAGCCCAAUGCCAGCAGCUCCUCUAGUGCUGCGGGCAGCAGCAGCGAUACCAUUAGCAGCCUGGACACAACUGACGGCCAGAUUUACACAUUGACAGUAUUAAAUGGUGGCGAGCCUUGGCUAAAGCGUGCCGAGACGGAGCAACUGCCCAGCGCACUGGAUUUGGACAGUUUGCUUGGCAGCUUUCCAGGCUAUAUCAAAUCAGAAUAUCCUUACGAUGACAGCGGCUUCAGCACGGAUGGCAAGGAUGUUAUUGUCAGUGGUGCAGAUGUCAAUGGCCUCAGCAGUAUUUCCCAGUCCCAGCCACACGGACAGACGCUACCCUCACUGGUAACUGCUAUUUCCAUAGCAGGUGGCGGGGUCAACGAGCUGGGCCAACAGCUGGCACAGUUUCAGAAUAACAACAACGACUGGCACAUGGCCGAUCACAACGCGGAGGCGGAACAGAACUCUGCGGAAUCGCUGCUGCGCAGCGCUCUUCAGGGCAAGGGCUACGCCAAGGGUCUGCAUAUGCAGAAUGGUCUAACAUUGCCUGUGGUCAAGGAUGAUGAAAUGCGGAGGCUACUCUUUACGCCAGAUGACGCAGCGGAUGCUUUGGGCUUUGCGGACUCAACGCUGAAUACCGCGCAAAUGUUCGAGGAUGCACAGGCCAUGAGUCAUGCAGCCAGCGGUACGCACAUGUCCUCGUCGAAUCACGGCCAGCAUGGUGGCAAUGCCAGCAUCAUUGUCGAUGAUAUGUUCCUGUCGCUGGAGAAUGCUUUUAGCGAUGACUUUGAGAAAAUCAAGCGCAUUGCCAAUGAGGUGCAGCAGUUCUGCAGUGCCAACACGGGCACACCAACGCCUGGAGACUAUACCAGCAACGAUGUGCUCAUGCAGAUGUCGCCGAGCGCGACAGGAGCAACCACAACACAGCUACAGCCCCUGGCCAAUGCGCAACAGCAACAGCAACCGCCACCGCCCCCACAGCCCCUCAAGCCAGAGGUGUCCACAUCGACAUCAGCUACAGCUGUGGGCACAUCUGUGGCAGGCAGUCGCCUUGGUGGCGUUAGCAAGCCCAAGAAGCAAUACAAGCGUAGCAACAGUAGCGCCAACAGCUCAAACAGCAACAAUAACAAUAACAACAACAAUCCUAAUGUGGCCAACAACAAUAACAGCAACAACAACAGCAGCAACGUUCUGGGUGUCGUCAUUGGCAAUGGUGGCAGCUCCUCGUCAAGCGGCAGCGCCAGCAGCAGCAGCAAUAGUCCGCCUGCCAACUGCAAUGCGAGCGGUAGUUCGGCCAGCAGUGGCGGUGGGCAGCGCAAGGAACGUUCACUACACUAUUGCUCCAUAUGCUCCAAAGGCUUCAAGGACAAAUACUCAGUGAAUGUGCACAUACGCACGCACACGGGCGAGAAGCCCUUUGCGUGCUCGCUGUGUGGCAAAAGCUUCAGGCAAAAGGCACACCUGGCCAAACACUAUCAGACACACAUGACCCAGAAGAACAAUGGCAACCUGAUCAAAGGCAGUUCCGCCAAGCAUCAGCGUGGUGGUUCCAAUGCAGCUAACAGCGGUGCAAGCCUUGUCCAACAGCGACAGCUCAGCGCGGUGGCCACCACGGUGGCCAACCCCAGUUUAAUGAGCGCCGGCGUCGUGCUGAGUGGGCCAAAUACGCCGCCUGGCGUAUUACCGCCUGCCAAUGGUCUGCUGGCGAACCGGUAG